CUCUGGUAACUCUGGUAAAGACUGCUUUGGCUGGCAGUAUCCCAUCAAGAAAUUGAGGAACACUGAAGAUUGAAGAAGUUCUUUUCCCCUGGGCCAAGCUGAGAGAUCCAUUGAGAGACAUUGUCUCUCCCUCCCUUUACCCUAGCUGUCAGGACUAUGAUAAGGAGAUAAGAAAAAUCACUUCCUGGAGUCUCUGAGCCACAACAGACCUCAGAAGCCCAUCUGGUCCAAAGUAACUCUCGCAACUUGUGGUGCCCAGAGCUGACCCCAGACCUCCAGAGAUCUCUCAAUUCUCCUUUCUCAAGAGCCCGCUGGCCACUUCCUCAUACUGAGCUUGCAGGGCCACUCAGGCCCCUAAACUUUUUCAGACUGACUGGUACUUUGCCAGGCCCUGUGUAUCCAUCCAGAAGCUGCCUCUUCAAUCAACGCUGGCUGGUGGUGGUGAGCAGGGAGCAGCACACAGCCUCCAGCACCUGGAGCGGCUUUUAGGCUGGUGAGCUCCGGUACUGCCAUGAUGUCCCAGGUCAGUGGCCACUCGCUGCUGCUUGAUCUCGGCUUCCUGGAGAACAGCAGCUUUCCCUACGACUACUCAGAAAACGAGUCCACUCCCUGCUGCUCCUCUCCACCCUGCAGCCAUGACUUCAGCCUGACCUUUGACCUGGCCUUCUUGCCCACCCUCUACAGCCUUCUCUUCUUCUUUGGCCUGUUGGGCAACGGAGCUGUGGCAGCUGUCCUCCUCAGGCAGCACCGGGCCCUGAGUGGUACUGACACCUUCCUGCUCCAUCUGGCUCUGGCUGACAUGCUCCUGGUGCUGACCCUCCCACUCUGGGCUGUGGAGGCUGCUUGGGAGUGGGUCUUUGGCUCAGGCCUCUGCAAGGUGGCAGGGGCCCUCUUCAAGAUCAAUUUCUAUGCAGGGGCCUUUUUACUGGCCUGUAUCAGUUUUGACCGCUACCUGAACAUUGUACAUGCCACCCAACUCUACCGGCGGGGCCCUGGGACACGUGUGACCCUCACUUGUGUCAUCGUCUGGGGACUCUGCCUGCUAUUGGCCUUUCCAGACCUGCUCUUCCUGUCGGCCCAGCACGAACCUCGCCUCAAUGCCACACGUUGCCUUUAUACCUUCCCCCAGACUGGCCACACAGCCUUGAAUAUCCUGCAGCUCCUAGCUGGCUUCCUUUUACCACUGCUCAUUAUGGCCUACUGUUACACUCACAUCCUCCUAGUACUGCUGGGCUCUCGGGGGCAGCGAAGACUUCGGGCCAUGAGGGUAGUGGUAACUGUGGUAGUGGCCUUUGCCCUCUGCUGGACGCCCUACCACCUGGCCAUGCUAGUGGAUAUACUCAUCGAUCUGAAUGCAGUGAGCCGGGACUGUGAGUGGGAGAGCCAACUGGACGUGGCCAAGUCCAUCACUUCAGGCCUCGGCUUUGUGCACUGCUGCCUGAACCCCCUGCUCUAUGCUUUCGUGGGUGUUAAGUUCCGAGGCCAGAUGCGGACCCUGCUAGGGAGGCUGGGCUGCCCAGGCCAAGAGGCCCUCCUGCGGCCAACUCCAUCAUCCUCCAGGAGAGAUUCCUCCUGGUCAGAGACCACAGAAGCCUCAUACUCAGGACUGUAAAGAUGCAGACCUCGGCCUUUGCUUGCCUGCCCUUCCCCCCAUUUCUCCACAGAUGCCAGCCUCGGCAGGGCUUCUUUACCUGGGGUGCAUGAACUUGGAUGAGGGAAAAAAAAAAAAAGGACAUCUUUCUUUUGACUAACCUCUAACUGAGAUUUAGCAUUUCCUUCAAUUACGAAUAUUGGCAACAAACCAUUCUUCUGAGGUUUUUUGCCCAGCCUGCCAAAGGGCUCCAUGAUGCCAGUUACAGAACCGCAGCUUUGAGUGGAGGCCCAAAGAGAAAGACACUGGUCCUGUGUAGGUAAGGCUAGAGCUAGCCUAGGUCCACGGGCACUAAACGUGCUGAGGCGUCAGGAGGUGAAGAGAGGACAGAGCAAAACAACUACCAAAAAGGAUUUCAGUCAUUUGGGUCUCUGCAGCUGUCCCCUCAAGGGGAAGG